AUGCCCGGCCAUUGCGGGUUGCUGGCCCUGCUUUCCAUUCAGUUUUUUUCUUCGCUCUCGAGCGUCCAUUACACCUGGGCAUCGCAGCGGGUCGAGGAGAUCAGCAGGCUGGCCGCAGACAAGACCACAACGCCCCCGCAAACUUGGCUUCCUGGGGGAUAUUCCGCCGGCCGCAUGGUGCUAGUAAGAAAGUGUCAGUGCACACGGUGGUGGUGGUUAGUAUGGAUAAGUGUCUGUCCGCCGUCGAGAAUCGGUCUGCUUCCUGUUCUCACUUGA